UUAAAUUCAGGGCUGACCUGCAAGGUCGCUGUGUGGGUUGAGCUUCAAAACCAUGACAUCAAUUGCUUCCACUAUAUAAAAUGGACAAAGACUAAUGUGAGACCAGAAACCAAACUUUACUGCGGCCAGCUGAGCCAUUGGAAUACAUUCUCCAAGUAUGUCAGUCUACCCAGAAUGCACCUGGCUCCUCUUUGUAUGCUUGUGUCACCUCCUUGUUUCUGCUGGAGGCUCUUUACUGCUGCCUUGUGAGCCAAUCAAUGAAACUAUUUCUGUGGAGAAAGAUGGAUGUCCAAAAUGUCUGGUGUUCCAAACAUCCAUCUGCAGUGGUCACUGCAUCACCAAGGACCCAAGCUACAAGAGCCCGCUGUCCACGGUGUACCAGCGCGUGUGCACCUACCGAGACGUCCGCUAUGAGACGGUUCGGCUGCCAGACUGCCGCCCCGGCGUGGAUCCCCAUGUGACUUUCCCCGUGGCUCUGAGCUGCGACUGUAACCUGUGCACCAUGGACACGUCUGACUGCGCCAUCCAGAGUCUGAGGCCCGACUUCUGCAUGAGCCAGCGAGCCAGCCUCCCCGCGUAGGAGGAACCCACUGGUCUUCCCGCCCGCCACACCGCUCUUACCCAGCAUGCAUCUGCAUUGCCGAAGAGGGCCAACACAUGCAGAGAUGCUCCACGUUAAUGUUUUAUAAGGAAGAAGCAAUCACAUUGUGCACAUACUCCUGUGAUAUCAAUAAAGUGGUUUCAGCAAAUCA